AUGACUUCGAGGUGCAUUUUCUUGAAAAAUAGGGAGUUUUUUCAACAAUCUUCAUUCUCCUCUUUGAUUACUCUCCAUUGCAGAUUCAUCAACUACGCCAACGAGAUCGGCCAGAAAGAGAAUCGCCUUCUGAACAUGUUCGAAGCUGUCGGACAGGUGAGGAGCUCAUGCUCAUGUCAUCACUUCUUGACCUUCAGCUCGGCUUCCCUCGUUGGGUCGUCGAAAUCCGGCAUUUAGCGGCUCAUUCCCACGUUCCGCCGAUCGAAACUCUUCGGAGUGCGACCAAAAUUUGCGUUGAAUGGCUCUGGGUACGGUUUGGAGCUGGAAAAAUCAAAAUAGGUUUUCAGAGAGGCACAAAAUAAUCUCACUAGUCAGAAAAAUGAGGCAACAAAGCUCCUUUUUACCAGGGACUUUUCUCGAUUGACAGAGGUUGAUUAAAAUCAAACCAAUAGGUGUACUUUUGAAGGGGGUUUUGUAUCUAUGCUCAAAAAAAGUUUUCCGUACAAAACAUUGGAAAAUUGAUUAUUUUAGAUUGACCUCACCGUUGAACAGCUAUGUUGUCGCUGAGAAACGAAAAUUGAUUCCAGAACAACUUUUGGGCGAGGAAAACGGCGCGAGAAGCGAUCCGAGCCAGUAUGACGGGGGACAGUCUCAUCGAGAACCCCUUCAUUGCAAAAAGGGAGAACAAGUACAGGAAGGUCAUCGUCGCCUAUGCUAACUGGAGAUAUAGGGCAAGUUUCGAUUUGUAUUGAGUAAAAGAAGGUAUUCGUUGACCAUAAGAAAAAGUCCGUUUUCAGCUGGCUCCUGAAAACAGAUUGUAUUGAAACAGUAAAGAGUUUUAAUGUCACCUAGUUUAAAAUUUUUUGAGCUUUUAAAGGAGCAUAGACUUAGUUCAUAGAGGUCUCUAGGCGAAGAAUCCUACUUUCGAAGUUUUUCAAGAAUCGCGCUCUUUCAAACCAAGCAGACUAGCAAAAAUGAAGAAAUCCUUUUUUUUUUCUCAAAAUUGAAGCAAAAGACUAUGGCUCACGCAAGACUUGUCUUAAAUGUCAAAUCUAUCAAUCAUCGAUUGGAUAUUUACAGAACCCAACAGUCCCAGCUGACUAUCGAACCUCGUCGAAGGAAGUUUUGGAGUUUGAACGGUUGCUCAUGAACGAGACACAGUAUUUUAACGAUCUUAUCGAACAUUCACCUCAUUAUUAUCUUUUAGUGAAUUUUCCCGUUGUCUAAUCGAUGAUGGAAUGAUGAUUAUGACCAAACAACAGUACGAUAAUGAGUAUGCGCCCUAUGUGACGAAUGGUGGGAAUUUUUGAUUUCUUUGGUCCUGACAAGCAGGCUUUUGAGUCUGGCCCUCAUUUUUGGCUUUAAAAAUGGCCGUGUGCCUAUAGACUGACGGGCCGGCCUAGAGCUGACUUCAGAGAGAAAUUUGAAAGUAUUGAGAAAUAUUCGAAAUAAAAAUAGUUUAAUUACUGGGAAUCUUGGAUCAAAAUCUUAUUUCGGCCCGAAAAAUCUUUUUUUAGUAACUUUAUUUGUUAUUUUUAUAUGUCUGAAUAAAUUUCCUGUUCAAUUCUCUAGAAAUUUUCUAUUAGGCUCAUUUUCGUCCCUCGAAAUUCAAGUUGAAUUUGCUAUUAGAAUAGUUUUGUUUUUCAAAACAAAAACAGUGAAAUUUGAAUUCUAUGAAGUUGCAGGGCUGAGAAAGCAUAAAAAAAUUUCAACUUUAGAGGCUCUCGUAGAUUCCCCUCAAGGGCUCACUUUACCUUCUUCCUACAGGGAGCACUGAAGCAUGCAAAGAGUUCCCUCUAGGGGAGCGUUCUAGUGGCCCCUACACGUCUUUUUGACUUACAAAUCAGGGAAAAAAAAAUCGAAAAACCACUGGAGACCAAGGCUUAGAGAUCAGACUCUGAACUCCUGUAGGACUCCAUAAGUUUUAACCCUCUAGGGGGCACUAUUUUGUCCCCUAUAUUGGCUGUUUUCCAGAAUCCAUCUAGUGAUCACUCUGGCGUUCCCUAAAAACGGCUUAUCCAUUGAAAUAAUUUUUGAAAAUUGUCUAUGCUCCUUGAAAUACCCUUAGGACUUUAAAGUGAACUCUGAAAUUGAGAUUUCAACGAGUUUUUUCGAAUCUUCAGAGACGAGUGUACCGACAAGGCUUCAGAACUUCUGGGAGCCGAUUAUCACAAUACUUUAUGAGAGGAAAAUCGCCGCCGAACUUCUUGUCUUGGUUCGUUUUUUCAUGAACGAAAUAAUGUGAAAAUUUAUUGAACUUUUAGAUCAGCAAAAAAAUGUCUUCUUCCAUAAAAAUUUAGAAAGGGAUUAAUUUCAGCUCCUAGCCCGCCUUUCGGAUCCUUCCAUUUCUUCCUUCACCUCAAUCCAAAUCGCCGCUUGGACUCGUAUGAUGAUCGUCCCUUGUGCUGAAAGUUCGUUUUUAUCCUUCAUUCCAGAAAAAUCAUAGCGGCGCGACAUAGCGCAACAGGUUGUGUGUCUAUUUACGGUCAACAGGCCACAAGUUUGAAUUUUCACGGAAAUGGUGCCAAAAUCGUAAAGAAUUAAUUUAAAGCUAUUUCCAAAUAAACUUUGAGAUUUUUUUCUGAGGUUUGAAAUAAACUCUCAAAAGUAUCCGUCCUUGUGUGUGACGUGAAAAUGUGAUUUUCCCACUACCAAAUUUUCUUAAACCCCUUGGUUGGGUCGCGACGGGGAUCGAACUUGUGACCCUUCGGACCAUAGACAGCCACAUAACCUGUUGCGCUACGGCGCGCCAUGAUGAAAAACAUCAAAACUUUGAAAAAAAAUAGAAUUCAGCUGCAAUGGAGUUCUACUCGGAAUUGGAUUGGUCUCGGAUUUUGACGAAAAUCAUAUAUCUUCCUAACUUUUUCGGCGCCGAAGUUAUAGAAAAGUGGAAAAAGUUCUUCCUUUCGUUUUUCAUUUUCUGUUUUUCAGAGUUAUGAACAAAGUCCCGAAUCUCAACCCUCAAAAGCGCAAGAAGCUGAGAAAGUUGAGGGAGAUCUCCAAGUUUUCUGGUCAGUUUUCGAGAAAAAAUGAAAAAAGGAAGGAAAAAAUGUUUCAGAGCCGUCGGAGGUAGUCUCCUCGAGCCUGCCGAAAACUGUUGAGGACUUGCAGAGAUUAUUGGCUUUUGGUUUGUUACAAGAAAACGUUUGAAAAAAGUGUUCAUUUAUUUUUAAGCAGCAGCGGAAGGUUUUUAUUUCAACUUUCAGAAAAAUCCUGAAAAGUGAUAUGAAUAACCUCCAUUCUUCACUUUCCCUUUUCAGUAAGUAGCUAAAAACCUAAUUUUUUGAAUAUCUACAGUCUCUUGAGUAGAAUUCUUAAUUUCCAAAUUUCAUGAAGGUCUCAAGGAGAAGAGCUUUUUUCUGUGGUAUUUUAGGCCAUUUUAGGAUUCUGGAAAUAUUUAAAUUUUAUCUGACUUCUCUAGUUCAAAGAGCUUUCAACUCCUGAAAGUCCCAAAAAGACCUUUUCAAUAGCGGAAUAUUUUCUCAGAAGAGAUGAAGAGAAAAUCGCUCCAACCGACGGCACUUUUUGAGCUCUGCGAUGCGGACGAAUGGUCCACUUUGCCUAUUGGGUAAUUUUAUUCGAACUUUUCCAAAUUAUCCAUCAAAUAGCCUAAUUAAAAACUAAAUUUUCUUUUUCCAGACUCCCGCCAAGAGCGAACGUGAAAACCUUCACCCUGACCAUGGACGACGAGUUCCUGGGGCGGCUCAGAGCUCAAGAACGCGAGCAAAGAGAUUUUUCUGAGCCACCUGUUAGCCGGAAACGAAAAGCUGAUUAAGAACCAAUUGAAAUCUAUUUUGUAUAAUUUUGUUGAAUUUCUGUUCUAUGAUCGUUUUUUUAUGCCAAAUGAGCCUUUUUGAUUGUUUUGGGAAGUGAAAGAGGAAAAAUAAAUAAAUAUUCAUUGAAUGUAUGGCUUUCGCGCUCCAUCGAUGUUACAGUAGUUUUGUCGAGCGCGCGCGUUUGCGCCGCGUUCGAAUUCUUUCCAAAAAAAGUCGAUUUUCUUUUUGAUGGUGUUUUCCGGAGAAACGGAGCAUUUUUCGUUUUGUCGUAUGAACACGCCAUGAACCAUUUUUUUUAAAUUUUGAACUGCUUCGAGUUUUUUAAUCGCUUGUAUUGCUAGUCGUUGUGAGAAAGAAACAACAGAGAAGUCUUGGAAACCUAUUUUGAAAUUUUUUUAAAUUUAAAAGUAACAGCGCUAAAUAAAUAUUUUUUUGGAAUAUUUUCUCUUCGAAGAACUGCCAAAUUUUCAGUUUGUGAUAAAGAUAAAUUGUGGAAGAUCUCGAAGACUCUGAUCAUUUUGGAAUUCAGAAUAAAAAGUGAUAAGAUUCUUAGCCUAAGAAAUACUUUUUAAUUAAAUAUGUUUUUGCUUUUCCUUAAAAAUUUUUUAACGGAAAACCAGAUUUUCUAAUAGUAACAACCUUGUUUCAUAAUUUUUUUUUAAUGUCUUUGUUCGUUCGCAAUUUCAGGAAGAAAGAUUCGGUUUUUAGGCGAUGCUCAUAAUCCGCGCUAAAUUGGACCGCGAUGCUCCUUUCGAUAAAAUCUUGAAUUUGUUUUUAUCGGUAUUUGAUUGAAUCAUUUUUUAUUUAUUCCAUCAAAAUUUUUUUCAGAACGGCAAAUGCAGAAUCGAGCCAUGUAGUUUCGGCGAAGAAAAGGUUUUUUUUCUGAAAAGUCAAUUUUUAAGGAAAAUGUUUUCCCAGGUUUCGCACACGCAAAUUUUUGCGUAUACCAUUGAAUGUGAUGAUAAAGAAGCUGAGGUUAUUGUACAAGAGAUGGUAAUUGAUUUUUUUUUUAAUUCGAAAAUCCUGGCUGUAUGCUAAAAGCGUCGAAAAGACAAUGAAAACGAAUUUUUUUUUUGAUAUUUUUCGGAGAGAGGUCUAGGCUCCUUUAAAAAUUUCAGCAACGAAUAAACUUUGAAAAGACUUCAAAAAUAAUUUUCAGAGAUCUCUAAACGUUGAUUUCCACUUCAUGAUUGCCGAUGAUAAAUCAUUCAUGGAGUUUCAAGUCAGUUUUCCCUUUCAACCGUUUUUUUUUAAUUCUCAAAAUCGCAAGGAGCCGCCGAAAGAAAGUCUCUCCGAAAAGUUGGAUUUCAACAACAAUGGCUCCAAAUUUUUUAUGGAAAAUAAGCCCUUCCAUAGGGAAAGUCUGGCCGAAAAAAAGAAAGUAAAUUGACAUUUUUGAUUAAGAUCGAAGCCCCAAAACGCCGACUCCCGACUUUGAAAACGAAAGUUUGAAUCUGGACAUGAUUGCCGCAACAAUUACCGAAAAAAUCACGAAGAAUUUGCAGCUUUCCUUGGAAAAGAAUUUGCAGCUCUCUUUGGAAAAGGUCUUCAAUAGUUUUCGAGAAAAUUAAUGCUGCUGAUACUUUUCUCUAGUAGUUCAUUCUGAGCUGGUGUGAAAAAGCCGCAGAAAAAGAGCGGUUUUAAAAAUUUCGAUCGCAAUCUCUAAAAUUGCAAUUUGGACUCAAAAUAGAAAUUUUUCACUGAGUCGUCUCGAAAAUCCCUGCUUCGCGAAAUACUGAACUUGGCGUGAGUCCAAAAUCUUCUUUAGAGCUACCAUUCCCCGAUUUCGACCGCGGUACCUCUCAAUCCGCCGCAGUUCCUCAAACCUUCUCCAAAACCAUUGACAGCUUUGAAAGGUUCAUUUUGAAGGUGUUUUAAGUUUUGAAUAAUUUCUAUGAAGCAAUUCCACAUCCUGAUCAUUUCGCCACUGUCGAAUCGCCCGCUGCGAGACGGAUGGCUGUCAAGGUUUGGAUAGGAAACUGAGAAAAAAAUAAUCUUUUUAUAGAAAAAUUUCAAAAAAAUAGCAAACAAUGAUCGUUUUAAUGGCAAAUAAGAGAUAAUAAAAAAAUAGAAAAAAAGUAUCGAAAAAAAGAUUAAUUGAAAUUUUUCCGAGCCAAGACCUUGAACGAGUAUUUUAAUAACUCGGCGAGUCGCGAAAGCUUUUAAGAAAAAAAUCAACAAAUGAAAAUAUAAUCGAAAUAUCAAAAAAAGAAAAAUUUUUUUCCAGCAAGAAGCGUUGGCCAGAGGAUUUUCCUGCUCUCUUUGUUCGAAAGUUAUCAAACCCGAGAUGAAACUGAUGAUCGAAGACCUCAAAUCUCACGUUUUGGAGCAUUUCGAUGCGGCUUUUUCCUACAAUUAAGAGGUUUGGAAUUAAAUUGAUUAUAUUCCGUUCAACUUGUUUGUUUCCUGUUUAAGAUUUUCGUCUUGAGAUGUUUAUGGAAUUUUUUUCAAUGCGCCUUUAAAAAAACUGUCUAAUUUAAAAAAACCCAUCCCCCCGCCGGCCAUAUAUAUAGUAAAACCAACUUUUUCCAGGUUCAAAUGUACCGAAUGUCAGGAUGUUGGGACGAAUUUUGUGAAAGAAAUGGAGCGACACAUGAGAAAACACAUAAAGCCGAACCCGAAUUCCGGCGGAAGGUCCGUUCCGCUGGACGUCAGUCGUCAGAGACUCGUCUUCGAAACGACGUGCGUUUGUAGAACGAGAAAAAGUGUUCAUGUAUCCAACACCAUCGAAAUUCGAAGUUUUGAACGAAAAAAAACUGGAAAACUCCCAUAAAAAAAGUGACUUCUCAAGAAUAUUCGGGACUUUUCCAGAGACGAUAGGUAUUUGAAAGCUCUGGCCGACCUCAGUCAUCAAGCUUUCGAAGACGUUUUCGAGGCAGCUCCAACUCCCCUUCAAUAUGUUGUAAGCAUCAAUUUAUUAUUAAGAAAUGAUUGCCUGAACUAGAAACUUUUCCUUUCCUUUAAAAAAAAAUCGUGAACUUUCGCCUUUCUCUCCUGCAAUUUUAUCUGUAAAUGUUGGAAUUUCCAAUCUUUUUCAGAGCAUGAAGUUCCUGGACUUAAAGUUUUUUUCAAAGAAGCCGUUAAUUACAGCUUAUUUUUUUCACAAAUCGUUAAUUUUAUGAAAGAAAAAAAGCUUUAUUUUUUUAAUAUUUAUAAAUAAAUGUCAAUUUUCAAUUGCAUUUGUUUUUUUGAAAUAGUUUAUAUACAAAGAAUUUGGUAAAUUUUUGCCAAACUUUCUUCUUUUUCCUUUUUUUCCUCAUUUUCAUGAUUGUUCAUUCAAAAAAACUAUUCGACUCUCGUUUCCAUUCUGUUUCCAGGGAUAUUUAGAUGAAGUUUUGGAUCCGAAAUGAAAAUCAAAUAUUUUGCAGCAGAAAAACGCGACGCCGGCCAAGGCCUUCCACCAAGUUUUCCCGGCCCUCAAAGGCUCUUUCUGCCGGGAAUUCGAUGUUCGUGAUAGGUGUCACGGAUGGUGA